AUGCUGGUCACCCUGCUCUUCCCCUGGGCCAGCCGGCCCUUGCGACGCCUCACCUGGUACUGGCACCCUUGCAGCUGGGCCUUGAGUGGACAGAAGAGCCCCCACAGGGGUCUGCAAACCACUUGGGCCACCUCCAGCAGCGAUGUCACCCCCGUCUUCACUAGGGCUUUGAAUUUUGGUGAUAAAAUUGCCAUCAUCGACCAAAACGGCGAGCACACGUACAGGGACCUUCUCACCCGCAGCCUGCGCUUGUCCCGGGAGAUCUGCAGAGCUCUGGGCUGCUCCAGCAGGGACCUGAAGGAGGAGAGGGUCUCGUUUCUGUGUCCCAACGACGCCUCGUACGUGGUGGCCCAGUGGGCCACGUGGCUGAGCGGGGGUGUGGCAGUGCCCCUCUACAGGAAGCACCCCCUGCAGCAGCUGGAGUACGUGGUGCAGGACUCGCAGAGUGCUCUGCUCCUGGCAGCAGAGGAGUACGUGGGGAGGAUGGCCCCGAGUGCUGAGAAGCUGGGUGUCCCCCUCCUGCCCCUCCUCGGGACCCGCGGCGACGGCUCCGAGAGCCCCGUGGCCGUGGAAGAGGGUCCCUUGGCAGCCUGCUCCUCGUGGAAGGAGAGAGGAGCCAUGAUCAUCUACACCAGUGGGACCACAGGGAGACCGAAAGGUGUCCUCAGCACCCAUGGGAAUGUGCAAGCUGUGACCACAGGGCUGGUUGAAAAAUGGGAGUGGAAGAAGGAGGAUGUUAUUCUGCACGUGCUACCUUUGCAUCAUGUCCACGGGGUGAUCAAUAAGCUCCUGUGUCCUCUCUGGGUGGGAGCCACAUGCAUCAUGCUACCUGAAUUUGAUGCACAGAUGGUUUGGAACAGGCUCCUGAGCCCUGAAUCUCCCCGUGUCAGUGUCUUCAUGGCAGUGCCCACUAUCUAUGCCAAGCUGAUAGAGUACUAUGAGAAGCAUUUCUCUAAACCUCUAGCCCAGGCUUUCGUGCAUGCCUUUUGCCAGGAGAACAUCAGGUUAAUGGUGUCAGGCUCAGCAGCCCUGCCCGUGCCUGUCCUGGACAAGUGGAAGAGCAUCACUGGGCACACCUUGCUGGAGAGGUAUGGGAUGACUGAGAUUGGAAUGGCCCUCUCAAACCCUCUGCAUGGAGUCCGUGUCCCAGGUAGGAGUCUCUAG